GGAGCCCGCGCCCGAGCGAGCAGCGAUGGAGAAAUACGAGCGGAUCCGGGUGGUGGGGAGAGGGGCCUUCGGCAUCGUGCACCUGUGUCUGCGCAAGGCUGACCAGAAGCUGAUGAUCCUCAAGCAGAUCCCCGUGGAGCAGAUGAGCAAGGACGAGCGGCUGGCGGCACAGAACGAGUGCCAGGUGCUCAAGCUGCUCAGCCACCCCAAUGUCAUCGAGUACUACGAGAACUUCCUGGAGGACAAGGCGCUCAUGAUUGCCAUGGAGUAUGCUCCAGGUGGCACGUUGGCAGAGUUCAUUCACAAGCGUUGUAACUCCUUGCUGGAUGAAGACACCAUCCUGCACUUCUUUGUGCAGAUCCUCCUGGCUCUCCACCACGUCCACACCAAGCAGAUCCUGCACCGUGACCUGAAGACUCAGAACAUCCUCUUGGACAAACACCGAAUGAUUGUCAAGAUUGGAGACUUUGGCAUCUCCAAAAUCUUGAGCAGCAAGAGCAAAGCCUACACAGUUGUGGGAACCCCGUGCUACAUCUCCCCAGAGCUCUGUGAAGGGAAGCCUUACAACCAGAAGAGCGAUAUCUGGGCGCUGGGCUGUGUGCUGUACGAGCUCGCCAGCCUCAAGAGGGCUUUCGAAGCUGCGAAUCUUCCUGCCUUGGUAUUGAAGAUCAUGAGCGGGACGUUCGCACCGAUAUCGGAUCGCUACAGCCCCGACCUGCGCCAGCUCAUCCUCAGCAUGCUGAACCUGGAUCCUUCCAAGAGGCCCCAGCUGAACGAGAUCAUGGCCCAGGCCAUCUGCAUCCGGCCCCUUCUGAACCUCUACACCGACGUGGGCAGUGUCAAAAUGAGAAGGCCUGAAAAACCCUUGGCUCCAGUGCCAACAGUGACCCACAGCCGGGCAGGGGGACGAGUGAGCAGUGCCAGGCCAAGGGGUGUCCGAGGCUCUUCAGCCAAGACAGGAAUCCCCCCUCCGCUGUCAUCCAUCUACACGUGGGGCAGCGGCAUCACCACCCCGCUCCGCCUGCCCAUGCUCAACACUGAGGUGGUGCAGGUCUCUGCUGGGAGGACACAGAAGGCUGGAGUCACCAAAUCAGGGAGGCUCAUCAUGUGGGAGGCCCCGCCGAUGGGUGCUGCGGGAGGCCCUUCGCUCCCGGGAGCCACCGAGCAGCUCCAGCCUCAGUUUGUGUCCCGCUUCCUGGAGGGUCAGUCUGGUGUCACCAUCAAACACGUGUCCUGUGGUGAUCUCUUCACAGCCUGCCUCACAGACAGGGGGAUAAUCAUGACUUUUGGCAGCGGCAGCAAUGGCUGUUUGGGGCACGGAAGCUUCACGGACGUGAGCCAGCCCAAGAUUGUGGAGGCCCUGCUGGGCUACGAGAUGGUGCAGGUGGCCUGUGGCGCGUCCCACGUCCUGGCGCUUUCCAACGAGCGGGAGGUGUUUGCCUGGGGCCGGGGGGAUAACGGUCGCCUUGGGCUGGGCACCCUGGAGUGCCACAACUGCCCCCAGCAGGUCACAAUCCCACCAGAGCACGAGGCACAGAGGGUCAUCUGCGGCAUCGAUUCCUCCAUGGUCCUCACAGUGAAGAACCAGAUUCUGGCAUGUGGGAGCAACAGGUGUAACAAGCUGGGCCUAGAUCAGAUCAGCUCAGCAGAGGAGCCUUCCCCUGAGGAGCAGGUGGAAGAGGCCACUGAGUUCACCUGCACCCAGUCAGCCCCCUUGAACCGAGAGCCCAUCGUGUGCGCCGACAUCGGCACAGCGCACUCGGCUGCUGUCACAGCUUCUGGCCAGUGUUACACCUUUGGGAGCAACCAGCACGGGCAGCUGGGCACCAACUCCUGCCGCAACAGCCGCCUGCCCCACCUGGUUGUGGGGCUCCAGGCAAUGAAGGUCACCGUGGUGGCUUGUGGGGAUGCCUUCACUGUGGCCAUCGGAGCAGAUGGUGAGGUGUGCACGUGGGGGAAAGGAGCCCGUGGUCGUCUGGGCAGGAAGGAUGAGGAAACAGGAGCACCAAGGCCAGUGCAGCUGGAGGAGACACAUCCCUACCUGGUGACCUCUGUAGCCUGCUGCCACGGGAACACGCUGCUGGCAGUGAAGCCUGCUGUAGAAGAAUCACCCUCCCAGUGAGUGUGAGCUGAGGGGGGCCACAUCCAGCCUCAGCGUGGAGGUUGUGACCUGGAAACGGGCAGCUCCUCACGAUGGUUCCCACAGCACCAGAGCUGAUCUCACUGGAUCCUCCAGUGCCCCAGAGCUGCUGCCAUGGAAGGGACAUCCCUGCAGCCUCAGGGGGCUGUGCUGGGGCUCUGCCCACCCCCCUACUCCUCUCCUGUGUAGAAGGGUGAGGAUCACAGAGGUUGUUUCCCCCGUGAAAACUGUGUCUGGUUACAAAGGCCGGGCUGACAGCUCUGUGUCUGAGGGAGCUGUCAGCUUUGCACAGCGGUGUCUGGAGUUAAGGCCCCAGGCACUACACUGGGUGACUAAGUGCAAACCUCUUUUCUAAUUAGAGAAGUCUGUCCUUUCCCAUCCCCCCCCCCCAUCCCCCUCCCUUCGAACAUUGCACCCAUUCGUUGAGCUGUUCAUCGGGCUGUGAGGGUCCUGCCGUGCCGAGCCCGGCUCCAGCAGCCUCCUCUGCCACACAGCCCUGCUCUCACUCCCCAAACGCUGCCUGGAGCUUUCCAAUUACAGACUGCCCUGGCCCCAGGAGCUCACCCCAGCAUCCUCCAGCUGACAUUUGUCUGCAGGCCCCUAAAUCCUGCUGCUGCCCAGCUCGCUGGCUCCCAGCUGAGCUGGCAGAAGGCAGCAAAACACAGCGAGCUAUGGGCAGUAAUUGAAGGGUCUGAACCCGGCUCUCUCCAGGGAGAUGAUGAGUUUUCACCAGGGAUCCUCUCUCUCUGCAGGCAGGAGGGGGCAUAUCACAGUGUCACACACAGGAGUUGGGGUUUUUAUCUCCAGAAGAGUCGUUUCCUUUCCUCCUGUUUCUUUUCUUCCUUCUUUUUUUAACUUAAAUCUGCCCAGGGCCAUUUUUUUAUGAGCUUCUGUCUCUGAUCUGUCUGACACUGCAAAUGCUCUUGCCUUUCACAUCCAUCUUUGUGCUGUUGCCAAU